CGGAGCAGCAUGAUUAUUGAAGUCUUGAUCUUCAUUGCUUCUCAUUAAUUUAUUCACAUUUUGGAUAGACGUAUAUCGUGUACAUGGGGGAUCUCCCGAAGGGAAUGGAAGUCACAGAAUUGCAUCACAUAAGCAUGGUUCAAGGAGUCCUUGGCAGAAACUUCGCACCAGAAGCUUUGGUCCAUAGCUACAGGAAGAGUUUCAAUGGAUUUGCGGUGAGGCUAACAAAAGAGGAAGCGAAAAGAGUGGGCGGAAUGGAUGGUGUAAUCUCUAUGUUCGAAAACAAAAGGCACAGGCCCCAAACAACGAGGUCGUGGGACUUCAUAGGGUUCCCACAGCAAGUCAACAGAACGAGUUUGGAGAGUGACAUCAUCGUCGGAGUAAUCGAUUCCGGAAUUUGGCCCGAAUCUGACAGCUUCAAGGAUCAAGGUUUUGGUCCGCCGCCCAGAAAAUGGAAGGGCUCUUGCCAAAACUUCACUUGCAAUAACAAGAUAAUUGGAGCAAAAUACUUUCGGGUGGAUGGUUUGCUUGGCGAAGAUGGUACUAUGUCUCCAAGGGAUUCAGUUGGUCACGGCACUCACUGUGCAUCCACAGUUGCAGGAAACUGGGUUAACUCGGCGAGUCUAUUUGGGUUAGGCUUGGGCACUGCAAGAGGGGGAGUCCCAUCAGCUCGUAUUGCUGUGUACAAAGCCUGUUGGUCAUCAGAUAGUUGUUAUGAAGUUGAUAUUCUGGCAGCAUUUGAGGAAGCAAUCUCUGAUGGCGUUGACAUACUCUCUGUGUCACUUGGCUCUCUAUCUGUGGUACACCGUGACUUGUUUGAGGAUGUGUACGCAAUUGGAUCUUUCCAUGCAAUGAAGAAUGGCAUUCUAACCUCACUUGCUGCUAUGAAUUCGGGCCCUCAGUUGUUCACUAUAAGUAGUUUUGCUCCAUGGUCGCUUUCAGUGGCUGCUUCCACUAUUGAUAGAAAGUUUUUCACCAAGCUUCAGUUGGGGAAUAGCAUGGUUUUUGAGGGAGUUUCAGUGAACGCAUUUGAUCUUCAUGAUAAAAAGUACCCAUUGAUUUACUCUGGAGAUGCACCCAAUAUCACUGGUGGAUUUAACAGUUCCAUAUCGAGUUAUUGCGUUCAGAACUCUUUAGAUGAGACAUUGGUGAGAGGGAAGAUCGUUGUGUGUGAUGCCCUAAUAGAUAAUGGAGCACUGAAGGCUGGGGCUGUUGGUGUUAUCGCUCCGACGAUUUCCCCAAAAGAUGUGGCAUAUGGGUUUCCGCUUCCUCUCACUUCGCUUACCCGGAAAGAUGGCAAAUCCAUUCGCUCUUACUUAAAUUCAACAAGUAAUCCAACGGCUACUAUAUUUAAGAGCAAUGAAGGCAAAGAUUCUUUGUCCCCAUACGUAGCUUCUUUUUCAUCAAGGGGUCCGAAUCCAAUUACUCCCGACAUUCUCAAACCUGAUUUAACUGCCCCAGGAGUAGAUAUCUUAGCCGCUUGGCCUCCCAAGUCCCCUGUUUCGACUGUGAAAGGAGACAAGAGGGAAUCAGACUUCAAUAUAAUAUCAGGAACUUCCAUGGCGUGCCCUCAUGCUUCUGCUGCAGCUGCCUACGUCAAAUCGUUUCACCCCACCUGGUCCCCGGCAGCAAUAAAGUCUGCCCUAAUGACCACUGCUGCUCCCAUGAAUCCUGAGCUCAACCCGGAAGCUGAAUUUGCAUAUGGAGCUGGACAAAUCAAUCCCAUUAAGGCACUGUCUCCUGGUUUGGUAUACGAUAUCAGUGAAUCAGAUUAUGUGAGGUUCUUGUGUGGACAAGGUUAUGGUACAAAAACAUUACGGCGCAUUACACAUGAUGUCAUCAACUGUAAGAAAAUUAAGAAUGAAACAGCGAGGAGUCUCAAUCUCCCAUCUUUUGCUUUUCAGACAAGCAUCUCAAAAAGUUUUAGCAUUGUAUUUCACAGGACUGUGACAAAUGUUGGAGCAGCUAUGUCGGUAUACAAGGCUAAAGUGAUUGUUCCUUCAUCCCUGUUAACUAUUCAAGUGACACCAGAUGUUCUGUCGUUCUCAUAUGUGGAUGAGAAGAAAUCUUUCAAAGUUACAAUUGAAGGACGCAUAACUGUGCCGAUAGUAUCCGCGUCUUUGAUUUGGGAUGAUGGCAAUGUGCAAGUGAGGAGCCCUAUUGUAGUGUAUGAUCUUUAAUAAGACUCGAGUAGUGACCAACCACGUACGUGUCCAUCAUCAGCCUCGUACAUGUUUGUUGUCCCAUGGAAGGAAGAAGAAAAAUCUUGGUGCGUAGAGUGGACUUCAUGCUACCGGCAAAUGAUGAUUCGUACUUGAGUGUCUUUCAGUUACUC